UCCAUGGUACCUUUUUACCGGCUGCAUGCCAGGAUAUACAGCAGGGGGAGGACAUGCGCCCUUUGCCUUCAGACUCCCAAAGGCAGGAAACCUACAGGAAAGAGCUUGCUGCUGCUGCUGCAGCUGUUGCAGCUGCCUAACUCUCCUGCCCUAUACUGUACUAAACAUACGAUCUAGACACAAUACUCAAGAGCAGGAGGGAAGAUGGCGACGCUGGGAAGUGAGUCUCAGCCUUUCUCUGCCCUCCCAGCUAGUUCUUUGCUCCAAACGCAGUAUCAGCACCACCACAGCACUGGCAGCAAUGUGCCCAACUUCAGCUUAAACCUGCCAGUGAACAGAGGCUUGGAGCGAGCCCUGGAAGAGGCAGCGAACUCUGGGGUGUUAAAUCUCAGCGGCAGGAAGCUGAAGGAAUUUCCCAGGACUUCUGUGAGCCACGAUCUGUCUGACACUGUACAAGCAGAUUUUUCUAAGAAUAGACUGACUGAAGUUCCAGCGGAAUUGUGUCAGUUUGUGUCCUUGGAAGCGCUGAACCUUUAUCACAACUGUAUCAAAAUGAUCCCAGACGCUAUAGCAAAUGUACAGGUGCUGACGUAUCUAAAUAUAAGUCGAAAUCAGCUUUCUUCUUUGCCAGCCUGCCUAUGUGGUCUUCCUCUAAAAGUCCUAAUUGCAAGUAAUAAUAGGCUUGGAACCUUGCCAGAGGAAAUAGGUCAGCUUCAGCAUCUAAUGGAACUGGAUGUCAGCUGCAAUGAAAUCACAUCAUUGCCUCAACAAAUAGGGCUUCUGAAAUCUCUUCGAGAGCUAAAUGUACGAAAAAACUACUUGAAGGUCCUACCUCAAGAAAUUGUAGAUCUUCCCUUGGUGAAAUUUGAUUUUUCCUGCAAUAAAGUGCUGGUUCUACCACUUUGUUUUAGAAAAAUGGUGCAUUUACAAGUAUUAGUUCUGGAGAACAAUCCUCUUCAGUCACCUCCUGCACAGAUUUGUAUGAAAGGCAAAGUACACAUAUUUAAAUAUUUAAGUAUACAGGCCUGUCAGAUGGAAAAGACAGGCGACGCAUUUUAUCUUCAUUCACUUGAAAGACCAAUUCUGCAUCAGCACAUUGAGGAAAGUAUUGAAGACAUGUACCCUACAAAAAAAGAUUCUGAUUCAGGCGUUGGCAGUGACAGUGGUGAGAAACGAUUAUCCGCUUUAGAGCCUUGUGAUGAAGAUUCAGCCAGUCCCAGCGUGCCAAUGUCAGAUAUCCUGGAAGAAGAACAUUUUGCCAAAGAGGACCUAGACCAACAAUUUCACAUCUUAACAAAAAUUGAAUCUCUUAGGAAUUCUCCCCUUGUGAAUGCUGCUGCUGGCAAACCUGACGCUUCAUUGUGCCAAUGUAAAAAUGAGGCAGACGCCCUCCGCUCAGAAGUUAUAAAUUAUAACGAGAACAGGUCAUCUGAGUUUGACGAACCUCUGGAAAUACAAGAGGAAACUCCAUGGUUAAUACAAAACACACUGAAUGCUGCAGAAAGCCAAGAGCUGAAUACAACAAUGAUAGUCCAGUUAAGAGAGGCAGUUGAAAUGUUACAAGAUCCAACACGGCUAAGCAUGGGCAUUGAAGACAAUACACAUUUGUACGACUUGGAAACCACCUCUGACUCUGAUCUGACCACAUCUACAGUAAAUGGGCAGGUAAAGCUACAGAUGUCACCAGUAUUUCAGAACAAACCGUCGAUUGAGACUACAGGUCCUCAAUAUUCACAUGAAGAGACAGCAGACAGCACACCUACAAUGUCACCAGAACACAGCACAACAGCUUUUGGCCUUAAACUUCGAUCAGUCUUCAUCAGGCCGCAGAGGAACUUGGAGUCAGUAGACCCUCAGUUUACGAUACGAAGGAAAAUGGAACAAUUGAGAGAAGAGAAGGAACUUACGGAUCACCUCCGUGAGAAUAUUGAAGUAAGGUUAAAAAUUUGUCUCCCCGAAGACCUGGGAUCUGCUCUCAUGGAUGGGGUUGUUUUAUGCCAUUUAGUCAAUCAAAUCCGUCCUCGGUCAGUGGGGAGCAUCCAUGUACCUUCCCCAGCUGUUCCCAGACUUAGCAUGGCCAAAUGCAGAAGGAACGUGGAAAACUUUUUAGACGCAUGCAGAAAAAUGGGUGUACCUGAGGACAAACUUUGUUUACCACAUCACAUCCUUGAAGAGAAGGGUUUGGUAAAAGUCGGCAUAACUGUUCAAGCAUUGGUAGAUGUUACAACAACCAAACAGGCCUUAUUUAUAUGAAACAAAAGGGUCUUAUUGAAUUUGACUGUAACAUAAUGUUCUCAAAACGUUGUCUGUAGGAAAUCAUGUUGGAAAUAUGUUGCCACUAAAAUUUUGUUCACAAAGGAAAUUCUUCCAAAUGAACUUGCAAACGCAAAAGAUGGAUGAAAGCAGCGUGUAACAUUCCAUAGAACCAACCAAUCCAAGCGUUCCUGCCAUACAUUAUGUUUUUCUUAAACAGAACAAACAUUUCUCCACAAUCGUUUUGUUUUUACAUUUGCCAUAUUUUUUAUCAGUAGAGAACAUACUGAAUAUAAACAAUAGAUGAGGCAAAUCUAUUAUUAUAUAAUUGCACUGUUCUUUAUUCAGCAAAAACAGAUUAUUUGAUGUUAAACCAUAUCACAUUGUGUUUCACAGUUGGAUUAUCUAUGGUUCUUAGGGAUCACUUCCUACAAAUACUAUUUAUCACCUGUUCGUUUUUUGUGUGUGUAAAAAAAAUCCCCCACCUGUUUAGUCGGACUUGUUUGCAAAAACUCAUCUCUCAGGACUGAUUGAUCAUUUGCUAAAACUCCUAUUGCAUUGAUGAACAGUGACUGACAUGCCCUGCAUAAAAACACAGUAUUUUGUCAGCACAGAGACAGAAGUUUCCAGGUACAUCAAUAAUAUAUAUUAUAUCUUAUUUAGGAGCAGCAACUGAAAAGAAAUGUGUUUGAUGUCCCUUUAAGUGAACUAGCCAUUAUGCCUGUUAUAGUAAAACUUUAACAAGGUAAAUUAUAAACAAGUAUUCAUAUGUUAUUUAUAUACAUUUCUAUCAUGAGUCAGAUAGGGAAUACCAUUUAAAACAGAUGUCUACUUUACUUGUAUUAUCUAAUUUCCUUUAUCCUUGUGGUAUCCUUUGUUUAAGGAGCAGCAAUGCAGUACUGGGAGCUAGCUAAAGGCAUUGGGUGAGCCAAUAACAUGAGGCAUAUGUGUGUAGCCACUGAUAAGUAACUCAUGAGCCUACCUAGGUAUUCUUUUCAACAAAUGAUUCUAAGAAAACAAAAUAAAUUAGAUAAUAGAAGUAAAGUGAAAAGCUGUUAUAAAUCACAUGAGCUAUGAAAUUGGGCUGUAGGUUUAUCACUUCAGUUAUAUGUUAUAGAUAUAUAUGAAGACUUUUGGACACAUUUGAACAAGUAUGGGAAAAUUAAUGCUGACUUAAGUCAAUUAAAAUAAGGCAGUAAAACAAUUAAGAGUA